AGGGUGUAAUAAGGGGCUGCGAGCAGCAGGGGGCGCCGUUGACAGCGUGGAGUCAGAACAGGGGGCGGAGCUGCCGUGACAGCGGAGGAGAGUGAGCAUCCCGGAUCUCGCCGCCGCCGCUUCCUAGGAAGUGUAUCCUGUGCAGGAUUGGAGUCAGCUGUGUGGGCCGGGAUACGGAUGGCGGCCGUCGCAGCGCCGUGUGGGUCACGAGUCGUGCAGCAGGACUGACACGGGACAAGGAAGUGCCGGGGAGGAGGAGCUGUAGCAGCAGCAGCGCUGUGCCCGUCCUGCACCGUAUUCCUGUGUGUGACCGCUGUCCUGUGAGUACCGGGGGUGUGCACACAGGGGCCCCUCCUGUCACUGCCGGGGCCCCGUCAUCAUUUACAGCUUGUCAUUAAAAAGACUGAUCUUCCUGUCACCAGGUCAUCGUGCUUAUCAAUUCUUUUACUUGUUUGCCUACACCAAUUGUUUUCGAUUCCUGUGACUGCCCUUACUGAGUGUGGUCACAAGGGCAACUCCUGACAGCUGAGGAAGUGAGGCUGUUGUGUGCUCAUCUCCUGGUGGGAUGGAUGAGGAUGGACUGCCUAUAGUUGGAUCUGGCAUAGACCUCACUAAGGUCCCGGCCAUCCAGCAGAAGAGAACGGUGGCGUUCCUCAAUCAGUUUGUGGUGCACACGGUCCAGUUUCUUAAUCGCUUUUCAACAAUUUGUGAAGAGAAACUAUCAGCUCUGUCACUUCGUGUUCAACAAAUUGAAACAACUCUAAAUAUUUUAGAUGCGAAGCUCUCAUCUAUUCCUGGCUUAGAAGAUGUUAAAGUUGAAACACAUUUGUCAAAGAACACUAUUCCCAAUGGAAAUUUGCAGCCACAGACUGAUGCAGAAUCUAUCGCUGUGUCACCUCCAUCAGAAGUCAUACAACAGAAUUCAAUAAAUGAUAUUCACACAUUACAGAAGGAAGAAGUACAAGCAGACAACGUUCCCACUGUCUCUAAAGAUCCAAGAUAUGCCCGAUAUCUAAAGAUGGUCCAAGUGGGGGUUCCUGUAAUGGCAAUCAGAAAUAAAAUGAUAUCCGAAGGGCUUAAUCCUGAUCUUCUAGAGACACCCAAUGCACCAGUCCCAGAUGGGGAACUCGCAGCAGAAGACAGUUCUGACAGCGAAUCAUCUUUCAGUGACUGAAAAGACCUAAAAUCUCCAAUGCGCUCUACAGCUGUAUGCCUUAGAUUGGACUGUAAAGAUUUUCUAUGUAGCACUAUUAACAAUUUUCAUUACUCAGAUGUAUGUGUACAGUGGAUAAAACCACAAAGUAAGUAUAAUAAAAGGCAGGGUUUUCAUA